AUGCCAUUUCACGAUGAUGAACGAAGGCGUGAGUCAGAAAAGGCUGGGAUGCUUCAUGUAGAUGUAGACAUCGAAUAUGAAAUCACCCCUCCUCCCCCCAACCCGAAGAAAAUACAACGCACGCCCUUACCGUGGUUCCAGUUCUCCAUCCUCCUCUUCCUUCAGCUCGCGGAACCGCUGACCUCGCAGGUUAUCUAUCCAUUCGUGCCCCAGCUCGUACGAGAAAUCGGCAUCACUGGAGGCGAUGAAUCAAAAACGGGGUACUAUGUCGGUAUAAUGCAAUCUCUGUUCUUCGUAACAGAGGCCAUGACCGUCCUCCACUGGAGCCGGCUUUCAGACCGGAUAGGCCGUAAGCCGGUCAUCCUUUGCGGACUUUUCGGCCUAUCGAUAUCGAUGUAUUGUUUUGGGCUCUCGAAGACGUUUUGGGGGCUUGUGCUUAGCCGGUGCCUGAACGGGGGACUCAACGGGAAUGUUGGUGUCAUGAAAAGCGUCAUAGCCGAGAUGACCGACGAAACGAAUAUUUCUCAGGCGUAUUCGUUUAUGCCGAUCGCCUGGUCCACAGGUUCAACCAUCGGCCCCAUCCUCGGCGGCUCGCUCGCACACCCGGUUACCCGCUUCCCAAAACUCUUCGGAAACUCCAAGUUUUUGGCAGACUACCCGUACUUCCUCCCGUGCUCGAUACCCGCGACGUUCACGAUCGUAGCUUGGGUCAUCACGCUCAUCUUCCUGAAAGAGACGUCGCCAGUAAAGUUCCAACAACGCUCGUUCUUUUCUCGCUGGAGGCGGUUGUCUUCGAAAGCUACUAAUGAAUCCUCCUCCUUCGACGCCUCGCCCGUACUAGACACGCCGGAAGAAUCGCGCCCAGCCGCUCCCGGCGAGGAGAUCCUGCCUAUGAGGAAGCUCCUCACCCGUCGCGUCCUCAUCGCCUCAGGCAACUACGCCAUUCUCGCCUUCGUCGACAUCUCCUUCCGCGCGAUCCAGCCGCUCUUCCUCUCCACCCCCGUCGCGCUCGGGGGCCUCGGCCUCGCGCCCUCCAUGAUCGGGCCCAUCCUCUCCGUCUUCGGCGUCCUCAACGGGCUCAUGCAGGUAUCCUUCUUCGCGUCAAUCCACGAUCGGUGGGGGAGCAAGCGCGUAUUCACAUGCGGCAUCCUGUCGACGCUCCCGGCGUUUGCACUCUUCCCGCUCAUCAAUCACUAUGCGAGGACGGAGGGGCUGUCCAUGCGCGUGUAUUUUCUGGUGUGGUGUCAGAUUGUGAUUUCUAUUGGGGUGUCUAUGUCGUAUGGCGCCAUCUUCAUCCUUAUCUCUGAGGCUGCACCCAACCACCGCUCACUCGGCGCCGUCAAUGGGCUCUCGCAGAUGGCCGUCAGCGUCAUGCGCGCCGUCGGACCGAUCAUCGCCAGCUCGCUGUUUUCGCUCUCGUACGAUUGUGUUGGUGGCAGUGGCGGCGGCGGGGCUUCUGCCGCGCCGGGGAGGCGUGCGGCUGAGGUCGGCUUCGGCGAGUUCGGUGUCAUCGGCGUCGUCUUCAUCGAGUUCGCGUUCACGUUCGCGUUCGGCUUCAGAUUCAGAUUCGACUUGAAAUGCCGAAGCCAUAUCCCCCACGAACGUUCGGACACCGAAGUGGGCGAACCGGAGAAGAACGCCUCUUCCUUGAUCCCCCCCUUCUACGAAUACGAAGGCGUUCGCGUCGGGCCUAUGUUCUCCAUCGUGCUGCAGCUGGCAGAGACGUUAGGAAUGACUUCUUCCGCAACCUACCUGUCCAUCUCGUAG